AUGCAGCUGUUGAAUAGGUUUGUCCUCGCACUCCUGACAGUUGUGUUGAAUAUGUGCUACGGAAUGCCAAGCUACAGUAAUAUGGGUGUCUUUAAGAGAUCUCUCUGUAAGUUUUUUGUAAUUUUGAUAAUAUUUUAAUUUGCAUCGUUAAUGUAAAGAAAGUUCUUGUCAUUUUCAGAUUUGUAAAGAAAGUUCUUGCCAUUUUUUGGUUUGUAAAGAAAGUUCUUGCCAUUUUAGGAUUUGUAAAGAAAGUUCUUGCUAUUUCAAGAUUUGUAAAGAAAGUUCAUUCCAUUUCAAGAUUUGUAAAGAAAGUUCUUGCUAUUUUUGGUUUGUAACGAAAGUUUUUCAGCUACCCAAUCAAUAAUGAACAAAUGGGCAGGAGUGAUGCGACCUAACAUGUUUAUGGACGUGAGAAACGAUGACUAUUUAUCAGAUAUGCUGGAUCAAUUUCGAAGUGAACAAGAUUAA